GAGGAAGUGUGAAGUAUCACAGGAGGUAGCGGGGGAGCGACGGUCCCACGGCCUGAGGAGAUUUCAGGGUUCCGGACCUAAACAUGGGGGCCGAUGGAGGAUGGGAUCUCUGUAUAUACACAAGCAACAUGGAAAAGCGUAGAUGACCCCUGUGUGUCACUCAAGAACUGAACCAUGGGCUUAAGACCAAAUUGUGGUGCUUUGCACAUCCCCACGGCUGUUCUAUACGGCUCGCUGUCAUUUUUUAUUUCUGUCCUGCACAAUGUUUUUCUUCUUUACUAUGUGGACACUUUUGUGUCAGUUUACAAAAUCGACAAACUGUCCUUCUGGAUUGGAGAGACAAUCUUUUUAAUCUGGAACAGUUUAAAUGAUCCCUUGUUUGGCUGGAUUAGUGAUCGUGUCUUUCUCAACACAAAACAGCCCAGUGUAGAUAUCUCCACACCAGAAGUGGUGCUUAAAAGACUGAAAGCCUUGAGCCAAAAUGGGCCCUUGUUUGCGCUUUCAUUUUUGGCUUUUUGGGUUGCCUGGGCUCAUCCUGGAUUACAAUUCCUUAUCUGCCUGUGCCUGUAUGACAGUUUCCUCACUAUGGUGGACCUCAAUCACAAUGCCUUGCUAGCAGACCUGGCUGUAUCUGCAAAGGAGAGGACUAGCUUAAACUUCCACUGUUCACUGUUCAGCGCUAUUGGAUCUCUCUCAGUGUUUGCAUCCUACACCGUUUGGAACAAAGAAGAUUUCUUCUCUUUUCGGAUAUUUUGUGUGCUCCUGGCAGCCAUCUCUGCUCUCGGGUUUACAGUGUCAACAUGGCUGCUCAGACAAAGAUUCAGGGGUGGAACAAGGGCUAAUGCUGACCAGGAUUCCAUAUUGAGAGAAUUAUAUGUUGAUGAACCAUCAGCUUCAUCAGAGAAGAGGAUCACUCUCAUUGAAUAUCUUAAACAACUGUCAAAGCACCGAAAUUUUCUGUGGUUUGUUAGCAUGAAUUUGGUGCAGGUUUUUCACUGCCAUUUCAACAGUAAUUUCUUCCCCCUUUUUUUGGAGCACUUACUCUCUGAUAGUAUUUCUCUGUCCACAGGUUCAUUCCUCCUUGGUAUUUCUUAUAUAGCCCCACAUCUUAACAACAUGUAUUUCCUGUCCCUGUGCCAAAAGUACGGCGUUUACAUCGUUGUGCGAUGGUUGUUUCUACUGAAGCUCUUCCUCAGUGUGGUGAUGCUUCUCGCCGGACCUGACCAGAUCUAUUUGCUUUGUAUAUUUAUAGCCAGCAAUCGGGUUUUCACGGAGGGGACCUGCAAACUCUUGAACUUGGUUAUCACAGACUUGGUGGAUGAGGAUUUUGUGUUGAAUCGGAGAAAGCAAGCAGCCUCUGCUCUUUUAUUUGGAAUGGUAGCUUUAGUGACUAAGCCUGGGCAGACCUUCGCCCCUCUCAUUGGCACCUGGGUGCUUUGUGUUUACACAGGAUACGACAUCUUCCAGAGGGACGCUAUGAAUAAUAUAAGCACUGAACCACAAUUGGAAUCCAGCACAGUGCUGACCACAACGCUCCGUCAGGGAUGCUUUUAUCUUCUCGUCUUUGUUCCAAUCACAUGUGCUCUGCUCCAGCUUUUCGCCUGGUCUCAUUUUAAUCUGCGAGGGAAGCGUCUGCUCGCCGUGAAGUCUUACAGGCAGUCCUUGCCUCUAAAUACACCUUCCCAAUAUGUCAAAGCUAUAUGAACAUUAUUAACUUGGUUUACUUCAGACCUUGAUGUAUUUUUGUAUAUUUUUAUGGUUCUUAAGAAAAAAGAAA